GUGAUCUUAUUUUGGAACCAAGGUUCACUAGGGCGAGCUGUCGGCGCGGAGUCCAGUCGUGGAUGCAGAACUAUCACAUAUUGGAACGCGUUGGCGAAGGAUCAUUUGGCAAGGUUUAUCGCGGGAGGAGAAAGUACUCUGGCCACGUCGUUGCGCUCAAAUUUGUGUCCAAGAGAGGCAAAUCGGAGAAGAACAUGUCAAAUUUGCGCCAGGAGAUCAGCAUCUUGCGUGGAUUGAAUCACUCCAACGUGAUUGCAAUGCUGGAUUCCUUCGAAACUGAGGGCGAAUUCUGCAUGGUCACCGAGUACGCGCCAGGCGAGCUGUUUCAGAUCCUCGAAGACGACCACCAAUUGCCUGAAGACGAGAUCAAGAAGAUAGCGGUGCAGCUGAUACAAGCGCUGCACUACCUUCACACGAACCGCAUCAUCCACCGCGACAUGAAGCCACAGAACAUCCUUGUCGGCCCCAAACAACAGAUCAAACUGUGUGACUUUGGGUUUGCGCGCGCAAUUUCCGCAGACACGAACGUGCUGACGUCUAUCAAAGGUACGCCGUUGUACAUGGCGCCAGAACUGGUCAAGGAACAACCGUACAAUCACACGGUGGACUUGUGGUCGCUCGGGGUCAUCUUGUACGAGCUCGCGGUGGGGCGACCGCCGUUCUACACUGACAAGAUCGUGUCGCUGAUUCAGCUGAUCGUCAACGAGAACGUCAAGUACCCCGAGACCAUGAGCGACGAGUUCAAGAGCUUUCUAUCGGGGCUGCUUCAAAAAGACCCGGCGAAGCGCAUGACGUGGCCCGAGAUCCUGCAGCAUCCGUUCGCACGGGAAACCGCGGUGCAGAUGCAGAACCGCGAGGCGCUCGAGCGUCAAGUGCGCCGACUCCCUACAUUCUACGAAGAAAACCUCCGGUUGCUCGCGAACAAAAACGACGCCCUCCAGCGAAGCGUCGAGUGGAAGCUAGUGGACCCCGAAACAAGCCUAGUCUUGCGAACCAACCAAAAAAGCCACGACGAAGUCCGCAUGCCGUCGCAAGUUGAAGAUAUGAUGCAUGUCUGGAAGACAUACGAAGCCGACACGGCUGGCCUGGACGCUGGGUUCGUGCGGCUGCUCGACGCCCCCCACCUGCUCGUGCAUGUGACCCAAGCGCUGAUGGGCGAGGACAUGGCAUGUCUUCGCACGGCGCUGUACGUGGUGCAUCGAGCGCUGCAACAAGUGUCCAAGGCAAGCCACCCACUGAGCGCCGCCCACGUGACCGUCGUCCACGCCCUUCGCGCCGCCUUCCUCGGCCACCUCCCUCGCAUCAUGAUGCACACUAGCCGAGACAAUGCGCUGCAAAUGAUUCGAUCGCUGAUGUUGCCUGUUGGGCGCGAGGGCCCAGACAGCAACUGUGCCCUCGAAAUCGGUGGAAUCGUGUGGCUGCUGCAGGAAACCAACGUCGUCGUGGCGGACGUGCCGCUGCUGUCCAAAGUCCUCAAGUGGUUGGGCACGACCUUGGACCAUGCGGACAAGUCGGUCGUGGUCUACGAUGCCAUAGCUCACGACAAGCCCGAGCUCAUUCCGAUGCUGUGUGGUUUGCUGGGUCACCACGAUGCCACCAUUGCCACGUAUGCUGUGUUCGCCCUGGCGUCGCUUGUGCAUCCAAAUGAAGCAUUCUGGGAUGUCGACAUGCCGUUCCCAGUCACCUCCGCCGCGUCGUUGUCGUCGGCGGCAAGUAGCCCUGACAAGCUCCAGAGGUUGCGAUCUACGUACGCAUUGCGCAUCAAACUGCACACGGACGUGUCCACGGCGCUGUUCAAAGCUGGGUUGGAACCUCUCUUGGCCAACGUAAACGUCGAGUUAGCCACGGCCCAAGCAUGUGACGAAGCGGACGACGACGACGAUGAUCCCCACACGAUGCUCACGAAUGUGCUCAAAGUGCUCUUUUACAGCUGCCGCGUGUCGUCGCCCGUGUCGAAACGAGCGGCCGCGACGGUCCAGCAGUUCCACACGGUUCUGGACCGACUGAAUCGGUCCGAACGGUACUUUGCACUCGAGUGUUUGGCCGUGUGCCAGCGCCGCGGGGUCUUAUCGACACGGACCUCGUCGGCGCUCUUCCGCCACGAAAUGGCGCGGCGGCCGCGGCAUGCUUUGCAUCACAGCGCCGCGUGCAGCCUGCUCUCUGAAACAGUGGAAGGCGACGAGUCUGUUGCGAUGGCGGCCGUGGAUUUGGUUCCGCUUCUCUUCUUGCCUAAACAUCAUUCGAGUGCGAGGGUCCACGAUCUGCUGAAUUGCUUUGGACUGCGGGCGUCGGGCGUUGCCGACAGUUGCGUGAUCGUGCUGUACCGUGUCGUGGCGUCGCUGAUGAAGCAUGGCCACUCCGAUCUGGUCCACCAAGUGCUCAUUGAUUUGGAAACCCACGACCAUUGGACUGUGUUUUGUGCAUUGCUAGAGUCGGGUGGCGACGACGGGCUCUCCCCGUGGGGUCUCUUUUGCCUGCUCAAGCUCAUCCGGUCUUUGACUGAACACAUGACGGAAACCGAUCAGUUUUUACCGCCACAUUUGGAACGCCAGCGCACGCUGGUGCCGCUCCUCGUGUCGCUGCUUCGACCUGCUCACAUCCAGCACCUGCUUGUGUGGCCCGAUGUCGUCGGCGGCGGACUGCAAGCCGUCAAGGCCAUGGUGCACGCCAUCGUCAAGAUCGUGAGCAUGCCAUUUAUGCUCGCAGACGUAUCCGAGGAGCUCGUGUUUCGCACGCAAGAGCUUUUGUACGAGUCGGGGUGUGUGGGGCUCCUCCUGGGCAUCCUUAGCCAGCACGCUUUGGAAAUGGAGCUGCUGGUCAAGUUUCUCGCCCGCCUCGUCACUAGUUCCCCCCACUUUGCCGUGCAAUUCGUCGACGCCCACGGGCUGGCGCUGGUCAAGUCGCAGCGGCUACUUGAACCCGCCACGACGCCGCCCCAUCUCGUCCAGGACGCCCUCGUGCUGCUGUCUCACAUCGCUCGGUCGUCGCGCGCGCACUACGCCAGCAUUGAUGCGGCCAACCUCAUGCCUGAACUGCGCGACUUGCUGCAGUCGCCGGACCCAACCCUCCGAGCCAAAGCGUGCAACUGUGUAGGCAACCUCAGCCGCCACUCGAAUCACUUUUACGACCACUUUGCCCAACCGCUUCCCCCCACCCAAACCAGCCUCGUCGACGGACUGCUAACAUGCGUGCAAGACCCGGGGGACGUCCUCACCCGGCGGUAUGCAUGCUUCGCCAUUGGUAACGCAGCGUUCUACACGGACCAGCUAUCGCGAGCGCUGCAGCCGGCGAUCCCCCACCUGGUGCACCACCUGCACGACCCCGACGUCAAGACCAGGUCCAACGCGGCGGCGGCGCUCGGCAACCUCGUGCGACAGUCGGCCACGUGUUGCGUGGACCUGGUCGUGCACCAUGCCCCGUACAGCCUGCUCGAAUGCGCGUUCGACGAAACCGACCUCGGCACCCGCCGCAUCGCGCUCUUCUCACUCGGAAACCUGUGUGAAUAUGAGCUCUGUCGGCAGUCCAUGACGUCCACCGACGCCUUGUUUGGUCAUUCCCUCCAAGGCCUGUGCGACGACUCGACAGACGACUUGGUGAAAAAGUACUGUCGACGGAUCUUGUCAAAAUGGCCCGUUGCUGAUUCCACAGUCCUUCGAGCGCCGCCAUAAGGGGCUGCCCCCAGUUUAUUUAAUGCUCACACUGCUCCAUACAGUAUAGUCUGUGAGUUUGCUGUCAUCAAACUUGACUAAGUUUGUCGCAACGAGAUAUGGGAGUCUGUGGUGCCAGUGACUACUACUUUCACUAAUGCGUUAUGAACACCACAACAUGAAGCCCUUGGUUUGAGUGACCA